AUGGAAAAUGAAAAGGCCAAGCACACAAGUCAAAAUAGACCAGUCAAUGUCACUCAAACCUUGAGUAACAGAGAUAGAGAAGGUCACUGUGAGCUCGACUUGAUGCGACUCUAUGACCGUGUGGGGAAAUUAUCAGAGUCACUGGGCCAUGAGCUAUCCACCCUCAGAUGUGUCUCUGUUGACGGAAGAGACACCAUAGGCUUGAUGCGACAGGAGAACGCCAAAUUGAAGAAAUGUAACCAGACUUUAGAAGAACAGUUGCAAGACUGUCAAGCCAGGAUCCUCAAAUUCUCUCUAUCGAGCGACUUGAGCGACACCACUGUUAUGCAAGAGUUCGUUAAGAUCCGGGACAACCUCUCCAACUGGAUUGAAGGGCUUCCAGAAAUUUGCGCGGACUUUGAUACUCAAUUGGAAUGCGCGUUGGAAGGUUUCCAAUGUUAUCUUUAUAUAUUUGGAGGCAUGAAUAGCUAUCCGCAAGGUACCCUUGGGGUUCAGUCUGAACUAUUGAUGCAUAUAGUAUUCCGUCGUCUCGAGGCAGGACUGCUCAAGGCCUCAGUCCCCGGGAUGCCGGCAUCGGAGGAGGCGCUCUUAAGUGAUCUUCAUGCGGGAAUGGUCUCACUACAGUCCAAGAGAGGUAAGCAACAUGGGAAGCAGUAUGAGGUACAGCCCCCAGAGUCGCUAACGCUGAUAGAUGUCGAGAGUUUAACCCUUUGGAGAACGAACACCAUUAGGGCUUAUGUUGCUUGCCAAAGAUAUGAAAAAGGUGUCAAUGAGGAGUUCAAGGAUAUAAUUAAUGAUUUACACGACCUUUUCUGGUGGUUCAAUUUUGAACCCCACGUCAAUUGGAACAGUAAAAUGGACAGGUUGGCGGCUGAUAUCUUGAAGCCAGCUGCAAGUCUCGCAACCAAGAUGAGCAGCUCGCCCUCGGAAUACAGGUGGGAAUGGUAUGGCAAGGCAUACUUUCCUCAAGGUGUCGUACGCAAGCAGCACAUGGAACAGUUCAUCGUGCAAGACGCCCGCACCCAUAAUCGAAUUCCUAUAGCCAAUAUUGAAUCUUUGCCGGCUGAAACCCCGAUAGGCGAGCUCUUUGUCAUCGUUUUUCCGGCACUGUUUCGCUGUGCGGAUGGUGGACACGAGGACAUUCAGAUUGAGAAAGCCGUUAUUCUCAUUCGUGCAAACGAGGAGUUGCAAAGACAGAAGAGAUCGGAAAACGAAUCACGCAUGUUUGGCAAAACUAUUCUCCAGAUGUUCAAGGAUUCUGCCCUAGGACAGCCGAGCUGA